GUUCAGCUCAUACAGCUCCACUCGGCUUGUCACCCUCCCCUAGCUUGUCUCGUCUUUCACACUUGUCCUCUACAUCAAGCAAUCUUCAUUGGAUAAAUACAAGCAGUUUCAGUAUAAGAAGYAGGAUAUAUGAAUUUUAUAGUUUAUCCAUAAAGGGAAUUACUAUACUUUUGUGUUCGUAAAGAGAGAAUACUUUUUUGUUCACUUAAAUUAACUACUUGAUUUAUUCACUGGAACGUGUUGGUGUAAGGCUGGCUAUCUAAACAAGGUGUUUUCACACCUUCAAGGCUGCUGAGGCAUGGGCAUAGAUGGAAUUCAGUCGAAGGAAGAGGAGGAUGAGGUGAAGGAGAAGAAAGAAGAUGAAGUGAUCCACCUGAGGAGGACAAUAGGUCUGCUUCCGGCUAUCUCCUUCAUCAUCGGUACCGUGGUGGGCAGCGGCAUCUUCAUUGCACCAAAAGGGGUUCUGAUGAACAGUGGUAGUGUGGGSCUGUCACUGGUGGUUUGGGCACUGUGUGGGGUUCUCUCGACCUUCGGGGCCUUGUGUUAUGCUGAGCUGGGAACCACAUUUACAAAGUCAGGGGGCCACUACACCUAUCUGCUGGAGACAUUAGGACCCUUGCCUGCGUUCCUGCGUCUCUGGGCAGAGUUUUUAUUCAUCAGGCCAGCUGUAGCAUCCUACGUGUCCCUGGCAUUCGGACGCUAUCUGGUGGAUCCCUUUUUCAGCCCUUGUGCUCCUCCCACAGCACUGAUUAAACUGGUCAGCAUCCUUGGAGUGACAUUUGUGGUGGCGAUAAACUGCUGGAGUGUGACCCUGGUCUCUCGCACCCAGAUCACGCUGACAUUCAUCAAGAUGUUUGCCCUGGUCUUAAUCAUCGUUCCUGGCAUCAUGGCAUUAGCCAGAGGACAGACAGAGAACUUUCAGAAUGGCUUUGAGAUUGAUACAUUAACACUGGAUAAGCUACCAUUGGCCUUUUAUUCUGGUCUAUAUGCCUAUGGUGGAUGGUUUUAUCUGAAUUUUGUCACAGAGGAGGUCAUUAACCCAAAUAGAAACAUCCCACUGGCAAUCAUCUUCUCCAUGGUGACGGUGACUGUGUGCUACGUUCUUGUCAACGUGGCCUAUUACACCAUGAUGACAGCAGAGGAGCUUCUUGUGUCUGACGCUGUGGCUGUGACGUUUGCCAAUCGUGCGCUUCACGGCUUGGCCUCUGUGAUUCCUGUACUGGUAGCUGUGUCCUGUCUUGGGGCGCUGAACGGUGGCUUCUUUGGAGCACCCAGGAUGCUGUUUGUGGGGGCCAGGGAGGGACACUGGCCAGUCCUCUUCUCAAUGAUCCACAUCCGUAGAAACACGCCUCUGCCUGCUGUUCUGCUGCUGUAUCCGUUGGUGGUAGUAAUGGUGGCGAGAGGAGAGAUAUUCCAGCUGAUCAACUUUGCCUCCUUCUCUCGGUGGCUCUUCAUUGCCAUGGCGACCAUGGGGAUGCUCAUCCAUCGCUACCGCUUCCCCCUCCACCCAAGACCCUUCAAGGUGCCGCUGGCCAUUGCAGUCACCUUCACAGUGGUGUGCUUCUUCAUCGUUGGGCUGUCUCUGUACUCAGACCCCUGGAACACAGGGGGCAGCUGUGCUCUCACCCUGUCUGGAGUCCCUGUCUACUACCUGACCGUGCACCGCUCACGCCUGCCCACCCGAUGGAGAAAGAUCUUCAACUACUGCAGCAAGCAGCUCCAGAUACUGCUGGAGGUGGCUCAYCAAGAAGUCCAGACCUACUAAAGACGCCUCUUUACUCACACACUGACCGGACGGACACCCAUUGCUGUGCCCUCCAUAUUGCAUAUGGAUGUGAAAACCAAGGCAUGUUAGAUUUGGAAAAUAAUGAGCCGUUAACUCCACAACAUUCACUGCUGGGAAAGUUAGUUCUGCUGAAAAAACCCCCACUGACUAUUGUUUUUGUUUACUUGAAUUAACGGUGUACUUUUUACGCUUUGAAUACGAUAGAUGUUUUGUGUGGAUUAUUUACAUUUAAAAUGACAAUCAUCAGCAAAUGAUGACAUACUGGUAUUUGGUACUCAAAUAAAACAAA